ACGAACCCAGUGGGAAACAAAAAGGUUCCAGUAUGGAGAGUGGGAGCAAUAGCAGCAGUAAAUUAUUUAGUGCAAAACUAGAACAGUUGGCUAGCAGAACCAAUUCUCUUGGAAGGUCUAAUGGGAGUCAUUACGAGUGCCUGUCUUUGGAAAGGGCAGAAAGUCUAUCCUCUGUCAGCUCCAAGAUGAACAUUGGAAAAGACACCACCAUGCCCAGAGCCAGCAGAAGCCUCAACCGCAAUGCAAUAUCCUCCCCAACAAACUCGGGCUUUUCCCAGUCUGCAGGAGCUUCACCAAAAGCCAGUCAAUCAAAGAUCUCUGCUGUGAGCAAACUCCUUUUGGCAAGUCCAAAGGCUCGAAGCCUGGCUGCUUCCACCACCAAAACCCUUAGCUUUUCGACCAAGUCCCUUCCUCAGUCUGUGGGACAGAGUUCAAGUUUGCCUCCAAAUGGAAAGAACAUGUCCUGGUCAACUCAGUCUCUUAGCAGGAACCGAGGCUCUGGUCUUUCUUCCAAAUUGCCCCUCAGAGCUGUUAAUGGGAGGAUUUCAGAACUGCUGCAAGGAAAUGCUGGCACCCGAGGAAUGCAGCUGUGCAGGAACUCAGACACAGAUGAACGCAGCAGCGUUCAUGGAGACAAGAAGCCCCCUGUUCACCUGCUUCCUUCACCAUACAGCAAGAUCACACCUCCUAGGAAGCCUCAUCGCUGCAGCAGUGGUCACGGAAGUGACAACAGCAGUGUCCUGAGUGGGGAGCUUCCUCCAGCCAUGGGGAAAACAGCUCUGUUCUACCAUAGUGGAGGAAGCAGUGGAUAUGAAAGCAUGAUCAGAGACAGUGAAGCCACAGGAAGCACUUCUUCUGCACAAGACUCUAUGAGUGAGAACAGCAGCUCCAUCAGCGGCAGGUGCCGAAGUCUUAAAACCCCCAAAAAACGUUCAAAUACAGGUUCUCAGAGACGGAGACUCAUUCCAGCUUUGUCACUUGACACUACAUCUCCUAUAAGGAAGCCUACCAGCCCAGCCAUACGAUGGGUAGAUGGACCCCUGCGAAGUGCCCAGAGAGGGAUGGGGGAGCCCUUUGAAAUCAAAGUCUAUGAAAUUGAUGAUGUGGAACGGCUCCAGCGACGGCGCAUGGGGGAUAACAAUGAGGUGAUUUGCUACAAUGCUAAGCUAAAAAUCCUGGAGCAUCGGCAGCAGCGAAUUGCAGAGGUCAAGGCCAAAUAUGAGUGGUUAAUGAGAGAGCUGGAAGUGACCAAACAGUAUCUGAUGCUGGAUCCCAAUAAAUGGCUCAGUGAAUUUGAUCUGGAACAUGUUUUUGAUUCGGAUUCCCUGGAGUAUUUGGAGGCUCUUGAAUGUGUGACUGAGCGGUUAGAGAAUCGGGUCAAUUAUUGCAAGGCCCACCUCAUGAUGAUCACCUGCUUUGACAUCUCUUCCAGACGUCGAUGAAGAAUUAACCUCAAUAAUCUUUUGGACUACUGCCAGACAUCCCUUUCCUUCUUUUUGAACUUAUAUCCCAAAGACCCAGAAUGAGGAUGAAGGUUGGUGUCAUGUUUUGACUAUGUGUGAGAAGAUGGAUUUUUUUUUAAUUAUGCCGAAUAUAUGUUGGAAAUCAAAGACACUGAAAAUAAGGAUGUGGAUUCUUCAAGCCUGAAAGAGCACUUUGAGAAAUCUUAAAGACAUGUUUGUACAUAGGAACCGCUGCAGAAGUGAUUUACCCCCACCCCGCAGCCCAUCAAUAACUGAAGAGGGAGGAAGAAGCAGGUGUAGGGAGCUGUUGAGAGCCCCACUAUAGUAAAAAUACAUGGGAAAACUGUCUGAAGUGCCUUGCAAAUCUUUAUUAUCCAAACAUUUAUGUUCAUACUUCUUGUACAGAUGGUGCUAGUCGACAAAAAGAAAAAGACAAAAAAAUCAAAUCACAUUUUUCGAAAUGUAUUUACAGCUUGUUAUUUUCACUUGGUGUUUUAUUCUAUUUCUGACUUGCUGUUUCUACGUAACUUGUGUUUGUAGAGAUAUUUCUUAUCUGAUACAGCAUAUAAAUAAAUGUUAACUGUCUUUUGUUGUUCAAGAGCAGAGUAAGACCACUCAAAGAAAAAAAAGAAGUUGAAACUUCCAGAUUAAUCCCACAGAUGUAUGAUGUAAUAGAGGAAAGUAGGUUUCCCAGCUCUUAGUAAAAACAAAAAUGUGGAUUUUCUUACAUGAUAAGAUUUCAGUUGACACUAAAAAAAUGGGGUAUCACAUGGUUUUGUAAUAUGUUCUCCUUUGAGGUACUGAAAUAAAUACAUUGUUAUGCGUAUUCAGUCAACACUCCUAUUUUAUUACUGUUUAACUGAAUAUACAGUACUAACCUUUGCUAGCAUUACAAUCAUAGAGUCAUCAGAGUUGGAUUGGGAGGACUUAAGGAAGAUAAUCUAGUCAAAGUAUUUCCUCAGUACAAGUUGAGAUAACUUGUGACUCCACUCAUCUUUAUGAGCACAAGAAUUUAAUUGGUAAAUCUGUUUAGCCAGCUCAGAAACCUUUACAUGCUUACAAGUAUUAUCAUAAUCUCCUAAUGUUUUCCCCCAACUUUACAGGCACCUAAUUUGUUCUCAGUUAGCAAUGGUCCCAAUAACAGAACACUUUUG